AUGUCCGCCAAAUUUUUGAUCUUCUCCGCAUUUGUUUUUGGCUUGGCCACGUGCCAAACACAACAAACUAUCAACUUAGAUGGAAGUGAUCAGAUCAAGCUUAAGAUUGUCUUCCAACCUGAGCAACAACAAUCUGUAAGUUCAUUUCACUGCGUACCACAUUAGAUACUCAGCCAACUCCGAAUUCAAAUUUGUAUUUUUUUCAGAGCUCAUCAUGUGCUACUGGAAAUUGUGGACAACAACAACAAACUCAAGUUCAAGCUGUGAGUUUUAAAGAAAUUUGGCUGCGUACCUAAUUAGAUACUCAGCCAAGUUCUUCUGAAUUUGAAAAAUAAUUUUGAUUUUUUUAGAGCCCAUGUUCAACCGGAAACUGCGGCGGACAAACUCAACAAGUUCAACAAUCUGUGAGUUUUGCGAGGGGAAAAUUGGCUGCGUACCUAGUUUGAUACUCAGUUGAGAUUCAGAAUUCAUAAAUUUGGCUGCGUACCUAGUUUGAUACUCAGUCAAAAUUCUAGCCAAGAUUAAAAUACUCAGGCAAGACUCAAUUUCUCUGCGUAUCCAAUUUAGCUUCUGAAUUCGCUGCGUACCUAAUUAAAUACUCAGCUGAGACUUAAGUUUUACCGAGUCUACAUUAGAUACUCAGCGAAGAUUCUGAUUUCACUGCGUACCACAUUAGAUACUCAGCCAAGCCCGAAUUCAAAUUUUAUUUUUAAUUUCUUCAGAGCCCAUGCGCUUCUGGAAACUGCGGACAACAAACUCAACAAGUUCAAGUCAGCCCAUGCUCCACCGGAAAUUGCGGACAACAAGUUCAACAAGCUGUAAGUAUAUUUCACUGCGUACCUAGUUAGAUACUCAGCCAACCUUUUUUUGUUUCAGAGCCCAUGUUCGACCGGAAACUGCGGACAACAAGUUCAAGCAAGCCCGUGCUCAACUGGAAAUUGCCCAUCGUACGACUCGACUGUGAGUUUUAGAAUUUAAUCUGGAAUUUUGAACUGAAAGCUGAAAUUGACAUUUUGCAGACCACAACUACUCAAGCGCCAAUCACUAUUCCAAUUCAAUCGAGCAAUGUGAAAGUUAUCCGAAUUCCAGUGAGUCUAGAAAAAUCUAAAAAUUCUGAAUUUGAUCAAGAACUUCAGGAAAAAAAAAUUUGAGAUCUAGAACUUCAGAAGUUCUGGAAGCAUCUAAAAUUGAACUUCAAGGAUCAUCAGAAGAUCUAGAAUUCUGAGAAUACGAAAUUCAGGAUCUCCUAGAUAAUUCUGAAGUUUUUGAUCUUCAGAUUUUCGAGUUCUGAAAAAUCCCGAACUUCUUAGAUCACAAAGACCUAGAUUCUGAAUUUCUGCCUUCAAGAUCUACUGAUUUUCCAACUGGAAAUUCACAGAUCUAGAAACUAGAAGUCCAGCAGACCUUCUGAAUUCAAACCUCAAGAAUCUAGAACUUUCCUAUUUGAACAUCAGAAGAUCUAGAAUUUCUAGAACACUUGAGAACUUCUAAAAAAUCUUCAAAAGCUCUAGAUCUCAUAUUUCUAAAGUUCAGAAGCUCCCACAAAGUUUUUGAACUUCAAAGUGAACCUCACCGAAGCUCAGAUCAGUCUGAUUCUGAAAAUCCCGAUUCUGAAGAUCUAAACCCUAGGAACCUUCUAGAUCUUCUGGAAAUUCUUAAGCUUCUGAAACAGAUCUGAAAAAUUCUAGAAAGCUAAGACUUCUAGGCUUACAUUUAGCCGAACUUCAGGCCGGUCAGCCCAAGCUUAGUCUCAAAACCCUCAAAAUCUUUCAGUCCUACUCAUCCGGCUGCUCCUCUUCCGGCUGCAAUUUCUUCCGCCCAAGAUGCCCAGGAUGCGCUCGUCGCCGUUUCUUCUACCCACCACCACCACCACCACGAUUCUUCUCGCCACGAUUCUUCUCCUCCUCCCUCUCUUCAUCCGGUUCCAUCGGAAUUCCAGACACCGUGUUCGCCAAUGGCCGUGCCUACAACGCACCGCUUCGUGUGCCAACCAGCUAUCAAGAUGGAAAUCCAGUGUUUUCGAGCAGCGGUUAA